CCGAUUUUCAAUCAAACUAACUUACUUCAAGAUCCAUCAACAUGACUCUGCUAGUAGCCUAACACUAUUUCCAGAUGCUAAAUCUCCCUAAUUAAGAUCCAAUCAAAUCAAAACCCUAAAAAAUCAACAAAUCCCCAAAUUAUGCCAUCAAUCAUCAUCUUCACUUCCUUAAUCCUCUUAAUCUCAUCACCACCACUCACCACCGCUAACGGCGGCGAUGACGACAACUUCACCGCCUAUGACGUCAUCGAAUCAUACGGCUUCCCAAAAGGCAUUCUCCCGAUCGGCGUCACCGGCUACGAACUGGACAAAUCAACUGGUAAAUUCAAAGCGUUCUUCAACGACACUUGCAGCUUCUCGUUAGAAGGUACGUAUGAUCUAAGAUACAAAUCCACUAUUGGAGGAACCAUUUCGAAAGGUAGGUUAACGAAUUUAACUGGAGUUAGUGUGAAGGUGUGGUUGUUUUGGUUGAAUAUUGUUGAGGUUUAUGUUACUGAUGAUGAGCUAGGGUUUUCGGUUGGGAUUGCUUCUGCUGGUUUUCCGAUUGGGAAUUUUGAAAUGUGCCCGCAGUGUGGGUGUGGAAUGGAUUGUGAUGGUGGUGUUGGUAGUGAUCGGAGUCAGGGGGUACGGGGAAGUAGAUCGAAUUCGUUUGUUUCGUCGGUUUAGAGGUCGAGUUGUUUAGUAUUUGCGGUUCGAAUAAAACUUGUAUGUUUGGAAUGCCACUCCGAUCAUUCUCAAUGAAUCAUGCUUUGAAUUCGUAAUAAGUUUAUACAUGAUCGCUGUUAUCUUA